AUGGGCGGCACGGAGGAAGGCGACACGGGGGAAGGCGACACGGAGGAGUUGAUGUUGAGGGGGGUCAGCGAGGCUGAAGGAGCUGGGGAGGAGGAGGUAUUAGGAGAGGACGGAGAAGGCAGAAACGAACGGCUCUAUAACGAGGACAUGUGCAAAUGGCCGGACAAGCUGAGGUUGGCACCUGGACUGUAUCUGGUAGGAACACCUAUCGGCAACCUAGAAGAUGUUACCAUCAGGGCGCUGAGGGUGCUGCGCUGUGCCGACCUCAUUCUCGCAGAGGACACGCGCCGCUCGGUCAAGUUACUGCGCUUCUACGGCAUCACUACACCCAUGAUGAGCUAUCAUGCCUUCAAUGCCACAGCUCGUCGAGAGGCUCUCAUUGGUCGGAUGCGAUCCGGCCAAUCGCUGGCGCUCGUGUCUGACGCAGGCAUGCCGGGCGUCAGCGAUCCCGGUGCUGACCUGGUCGCCGCGUGUGCUGAGUCAGCAGUCCCAGUCAGCGUGAUUCCCGGCCCGUCUGCUGCCACCACUGCGGUUGCGGCUGCUGGCUUUCUCACCAACGGCUUCACCUUCUGUGCGUUCCGUAAAUGUUCUCUCAAUUCCAACCCUCUUCUGGCACGUCACUCCUGCCUCUCCUCUCCUAUCCUCUCCUCUCCUCUCCUCUCCUUUUCUGCGACUUACGGCAGUGGGGUUCCUCCCGGAGCGAUCGGCAGUGAGGCAGCGUCGACUGCGGGAAGCAGUGGAGGGGGAGGCGAUGCAGGUGGUGUUUGUGGCGCCGCACAAGCUGCUCUCCGCGUUCCCAUUGUCAACCCCCCUUUCUUCCCAUCUGCACCCCUUCCCAUGCCCGUCCCCUCACCUUCCCACCCACCACGCCCCUCCCCAUUGUCCGCGUCUCCACGCCCCACAGUGGGGUUCCUCUCAGAGCGAUCGGCAGUGCGGCAACGUCGUCUAAAGGAAGCAGCGGAGGGGGAGGCGAUGCAGGUGCUGUUUGUGGCGCCGCACAAGCUGCUCUCCUCGCUCUCCCACUGCAUCCACGCCUUUGGCCCAGACCGCCCGUGCCUCGUGGCUCGGGAGCUUACCAAGCUGCACGAAGAGCUGUGGCGAGGGACUCUCUCUGAAGCACUUGCGGAGUUCACGGCCCGUGGGCCAAAAGGGGAAUUCACCCUGGUAAUCGAUGGCCUCCCCCGAAAGGACCUGGAGGCAUCGCAGCAGACAGGGGAGGAGGAGGUGACCGCUUAUCUUGAGAAGCUGAUUCACGACGGCACACCCCCCUCCCAGGUUAGUUCACAGGCUGUUCAUUAA